AUGACUAAUCUGGCUGUGCUGCUUUACUUCAAUGGACGAUGGGAUCCUAGCAACAAAUAUACUAAUUACUUGGCAGAUGAUGUGUUGAUAAAUACGGAAUCAAACUUUGCCACCCUCGUUUCUAUAAUUGCUACUCAAUUGUCAAUAGACACAUCAACAAGUAAAGUUGAAAUCAGAUAUAAAAUUGAUGAAAGGUCUCCUCCAAUUCAAAUUCAUAAUGAUAUGGGGGUAAAAGUAUAUGUUGAAACCAAAAAGGAACAUCGAGAUAUGGCAAGAUACCCUUUGUGUGUCACAACAACUGAACCAGUCAACUUGGAGACUAAUUCUACACUCAUUCCACUAUUAUGUUCAGACACUUCAGAAGAUAUGAGGGUUAUACACAAUUCAUACUUCUCUAAUACAUUUAAUGGUAUUGGUGAAGCAAUAGGGUUAAUUGGCUUUGGAUCAUGUGAGGAAGUUGAUGGGCUAAAAGAAUUAGCACCAGGCAUCAUUGUUAAUCCCAAUCACUCUUUAUUUGAGAAAGAUCAAGUGUAUAAGAAUAAAUAUGUCCUCACCAGUGCACUAAAAAGACAUUCUAUUCUUAAGCAUUUUCAAUUCAAGACAACAAGAUCAAGCUCAAUCAGCUAUUCGAUACAGUGCUUAGGUGAAAACUGUAGUUGGAGUUUACGAGCUUCAAGCUUGAACAAAUCUCAAAUGUUCAAGAUUAGAGAAUUUGAAAGUGAACACACAUGUUUGUUGCUACAUAAUUCAUUAUCGGAAAUGCAAGCAACUAAGAGUGUUGUUGGGAGUAUUAUUGUCGGUAAAUGUGCUAAACCAGAUGUUAUUUACACACCAAAAGAUAUACAACGUGACAUGUUAGCUGAAUAUGGUGUGCGACUCACAUAUAUGCAAGCAUGGAGAGCUAAAGAAGCAGCUCUUGAAUUAGUCCGGGGUGAUCCAAUUCAAUCAUAUGCAAAGUUGCCAAGCUACUUUCACAUACUAGAGACAACUUACCCUGGUUCCCAUAUAAGAUUUCACAAAUCAGAGGAUGACCGUUUUCUAUAUGCGUUUGUAGCUUUGUUCACCUCGAUAAAAGAAUGGGAAUAUUGUAGACCAAUUGUAGUUGUUGAUGGAACUUUCUUAAAAGGAGCAUACAAAGGGACACUACUAAUCGUUAAUACCUUAGAUGCAGCAGGGAGUAUACUGCCACUUGCUUAUGCCAUUGUUGAUUCAGAGAAUGAUGCAUCUUGGAGGUGGUUUUUUGAGCAAUUCAGAGACGCAUUCGGUCAAAGAUUAGAGAUGUGUAUCGUUUCCCAUAGGCAUGCAAGCAUUAUUAAGGCAGCUUCGAGAGUCUAUGAUGAAGUACCUCAUUUUGCGUGUAUGUGGCACUUACUGCAAAACAUAAUGAAAAACUUCAGAAAAAGUCAGCAAAGGGUAACUGAGUUGUUCUACUCUAUGGCAAAAACAUACACCAUGACAGAAUUUAAUCAGUGUAUGACAAUAGUUGAGAAAAUAGAUAAGAGGGUCAAAGAUUACUUGCUGAACAUUGGGUACAACAAAUGGUCGUGUGUGCAUGCUGAAGUAAAUAGAACUUGGAUGAUGACGUCAAAUAUAGCAGAAUCAGUCAAUUCAAGAACAAGACAUGCCAAAGUUCUUACAGUCUUACACCUCUUGGAAUUCAUGAGACAGCUUGUCCAGAAAUGGAAUAACAAUAACAGAUCAAAGGCGACAUUUUCAGGUUUUCACCUUGAGAAAAAGUAUGAAAAUAUAUUGCGGCGCAAUAAAACUGCAUCAGAGAAAUUAAAGGUUGUAGAGACAAAUAAAUAUGUGUAUACCGUACUUGAUGGUAUUACACAAUUCACAGUUUGUCUUCACCAACGUACAUGCACAUGUGGGAGAUUUCAAUUGGAUGAGUUGCCAUGUCCACAUGCUUUGGCUGUUUUAACAAUAAAGCACACUGGUUAUGAGAAAUAUUGCUUUGAUUACUAUACAAGAAAAAAUUUAUUGCUGACAUAUCAGUUUCAAAUCGAUCCCCUGCCAGAUGAAAGCACAUGGAACACACCAACACAUGUUCUUGAAGAGGUUGUACUUCCACCUCAUGGAAAGAGACCUCCGGGAAGACCAAAAAAUAAAAGACAUACACAACUGAGAGAAGAUGGAUUCAAGAAGCCGAAAAUUACAUGUAGCAACUGUGGACAACAAGAUCACAACAGGAAGACUUGCAAAAAUGUUAGGCCUUAUGAUCAAGAAUAA